AUGUCCAGCUCAAAAGUUCACGUCGCCGUCACCCAGGCCGAGCCCGUCUGGUUCGACCUCCAAGGCGCCGUAGAAAAGACGUGUAAGCUUAUCAAGGAGGCCGCGGCACACAAGGCUCAGCUCAUCGCGUUCCCAGAAUGCUUCAUACCAGGCUACCCAGCCUGGAUAUGGGACCGCCCGGUUGACUUCGACAUCAAUGUCAAGUACAUCAAGAACUCACUCCGGGUCGCCUCGCCCGAGAUGGACACGAUCAGGGCCUGCGCCCGCGAGAACGCCAUCGCCAUCUCGCUGGGCUUCUCCGAGAACGACGACGAUUCCCUGUAUAUCGCCCAGGCGCUCAUCGGGAGCGACGGCGAGAUCAAGGUCCACCGCCGCAAGAUGAAGCCCACGCAUAUGGAGCGCACCAUCUUUGGCGACGCCCCGGGGGGCGCCUCGGGGGACAGCGGCAGUCUAAGCGGCUCCUGCCUGGCCUCCGUGGCCCAGUUGCCCUUCGCCCGCGUGGGACAGCUGUCGUGCUGGGAGCAUAUCCAGCCACUUCUGAAAUUCAACACAAUUGCCCAGCGGGAGCAGAUCCACGUCGCCGCCUGGCCGAGCGUGACGCCCCACUCGGGGACUGGGCCGGACCUGUGGUCCAUGUCUGCGGAAGGCUGCCAAACCCUGGCUAGGGUCUAUGCCAUCGAGGCUACCGCCUUUGUCCUGCAUUGCACCGCUGUCUUCACCGACAAGGCGAUCGAGGCAAAUGGCACCGCGGGCUCGCCUCUGAUGGGCGCGCCCGGCGACGGCUCCUCGGCCAUUUUUGGUCCGGAUGGCAGGAGGCUCACGGAGCCCCUGGGAGAUAAGGACGAGGGCAUCCUCUAUGCAGACUUGGACCUGGAUGAGCUCACGAGGAUCAAGAUGUUUGCGCAUUGUACAGGCCAUUACAGUAGACCUGAUCUCAUGUGGCUCAGUGUGGACGGCAAUGCCAAGAGCCUUGUCAGGGGAGCGGAUGUCAAGGACGAUGAGAACGCACGUGUGGCUAAGCAAGAUUAA